AUGCACACACGUAAGCGCAUGGCUGCCACACUAACAGCCUUAAGGGCUGGGUCAGACACGCCAAAAGAAGUCCCUGAGCCCCACUAUCCUCAGGGAACCUCUCACUUGGUGCAAGACACUGACAAAAACAGCAGUAACUCCUGCUGGUGCAGGGGGCCGUUUGUGGCCCCAAGCAAUGUGGAAAAAUUGUCCACAUCGUCUCGAGUCACCCGCAUGAUAUCCAGCUUGCAAGAUUGCAGCAAGCCGGUUUACUCCCAAGUCUAUUUGACUGGGAGUUACACAAAACCAUCAAACGAUCACUCCCACUGGCACAGGGAGCCGUUUUUGAUCCCAAAAAAUGUGGAAAAAUCUUUCACAUGUCCAGCAUCGUCUCGCAUUAAACCCAAGACGUCCAGAUUGCAAUAUAGCAGCAAUCUGGCUCACUCCCCAGUCGAUGCGACUGGAAGUUGUCAUAAACAACCAAAUGACCAUUCCUGCUGGUGCAGGGAGCCGUUUGGAGUUCCAAAAAAUGUGGAAAAAUCGUCCACAUCUACGAAAUCGUCUCGCGUCAGCCACGAGACGUCCAGCUUGCGAUAUAGCAGCAAGCCGGUUCACUCCCCAGUCUAUGCGACGGGUAGUUGUGCAAAUCGAUCAAACGACAACUCCUGCCAGCACAGGGAGCCAUUUGUGAUCGCAAAAAAUGUGGAAAAAACUUCCACAUUGUCUACAUCGUCUCACAUUAACUGUGAGACGUCCAGCCCGCAAAAUCGCAGCAUGCUGGUUCACUCCCCAGUCUAUGUGACUGGGAAUCGUGCAAAACAAUCGAACAACAACUCCUGCUUGCACAGGGAGCCAUCUUUGAUUGCAAAAAAUGUGGAAAAAACCUCCACAUCGUCGUUACCGUCUUGCAACUAUAGUGAGACAUCCAGCUCGCCGCCUAGGCGUGAGCCGGUUCAAACCCCAGUCUAUAAGACUGGGAAUCAUCAAAAACCCUCAUGGGACGACCCCCGCUUGUGUAGGGAGCCAGUCCUGAGUGGAGGAAAUGUGGAAAAAACUUUCACACCACCGACACCAUCUCACAACCACUGUGAGACACUCAGCGCUCUGUCUGAGAACGAGUGUACACACUCCAACAUGGAUAUAAAGGCCAUGUCAUCCAGAUCGACACAGACUCACAGGUUGAGCUCACUUCCGGACUGUCCUCAGAUGGCCUCAGACCCAGCGUGGACACAGCAAAGGGACCAGGUCCCAUCCGAAUGGAGGACAGGAAGUGAUGAAGAACUCCUUCUCAGGCUAAAGGCCCAAGAAAUAAUAGGAGAAAAGGUCGAGGGCAGAUGCUCAGAGAGCACAGAGGCUCAGGGGAAGCCACUGCUGCCAAGGCCGAACCCAAAACUUUUGCCAAAAAAAGCGAAGUCACCAACUUCAGAUGAGGUCACCGAAGUCUGUAGGAGUGCAAUGUGGCAGAAGAAGGAGCCUAGUAAGGAGAACCCACAAAUGAGCAGGCAACCAUCAACACCAGGCCCCAUCUUAGGUGAUAAAUGGCCCUCCUUGGUCACUUCACCCAGGCAAAGGAUAAGUGGAAGUAACCUUCUGCAAAACCCCUCCAGUAAUGCUGGAGAGAACCAAACAAACCCUCGUGAAAACUUCACAAGGAAAACUUCCAGCAAAACAUUGCUGGAGGAUAACGGGCACCUCGAAAGAUGGUACCACAAGGCCACACGGAUGGCCGAACUUCUAACUUUCACCCCACACAUAGACAGGGUGAAGUGGGACUGGUUAAAUAAUGGUCCUACUCGACUCCCUGACAUGAAGUGGUCAGGCGAAAACGAUACAGAAAUUUUCUGGCAGUGGUACACCACACUGCUAGGAUUCCUCACAUCACGAGGAUAUAGAGGUGCACACUAUGAUGAAAUCCAUCUGGAUUGUCUCAUUGGUGGAUUGGCAGAGCCUGCACUCUCACACGGACUAAAACUCUGUGAAGAAGCCCUCCUUAGAGAUAAAGGGGGGAAAUUUCUUGAAGUUCUUGAUACUCUAAUGAGGACAUAUAUCAAGGAGCCCGCCACAUUGAAGGUGAUGGAAAAAUACUGCAAUGUAAAGUACAAUGCAGGAAAAGGACCCAGACAGUCCUACCCAGAACCAUCGCUUAAUGCUAGGUUUCUGGAAAACAUCCUCCCUGAAUGCAAGGAGGAAAUAAGGAUAGCUCCAGCCUACAGGCCAGAAUGCUAUGCCAGACCUGAAACCACUGCGACCACAAAUCGUGAAAAGCCCAACCAGGUGGGAAAGGAGAAACAUGCAGAGGCAAGAGCCAAUGUGCAAGACCCUAAACCCAAAUGGAAAGGCGAAUCCUCCCUGAAGCAGUCAGGGAACACCAACCAAAGGCCAGUACAAGUACGCAAUAAUUGCGGAAUACCAGAGCGGGCAAAGAGCUGCCCUGAGCACCAGUUAGUCGGAGACAGAAACCCAAGGCACAGGAUCGCCAGGGAAGUCAACUACAAAACAGAAGGUGAAGUUGGAGACGACUCUGACGAAGAAGAACCGGAGAAUAUCUCUGGUGAUUGCGAAGUGGAGGACACCUCCAAUGACUUUGAACCAGAGGACCCAAACAAGGGACCUCACUACUUGCCCAGAAGAAAGGGCGAGGACAUCAGCGUUGGGACCACAAUAAUGGCCCCAAGAUCCGACGUCAUUGAAAACAAUGACGAAAAAAAUACACUAAAACUGGCGAUAAGCCAGACCAAAAAAAGAACUACCAACUCUUUGGUGAUGACACCAAAGAGGGAUUCCCCUGAGGAAAGUCACUCAGAAGACAACACCCCCGAGAAAAAAACCUUGGAGGGAGACCCACUGAAGGAGGACCCUUUGGAAGAAACCACCCCGGAGUCUCCAGAAGAAGACGAGCUCUGGGUGGAGUUUAUACUCGGCUGGCUAGUGGCCACAAUCCGCCCUCUCCCCAGUAGAAAUACUGGGCUGCAUCAUGCACGAUUGGCUGACAAGGCCAAUCAGCCCUCCUCGUACCUGAAGGAGGACCAAGAAUUGGCAGAUAAGAUCAAGUAG